GGUGGUGUUUGGUUAGUGAUGUCUAGGCCCAGCUGCCUGAGCUCCGGGUUAAGCUCGUAAUUGACGUCAGGGCUUUGUUCCUUCCACUUUGCUGGUGGUUCCACUCUUUGAGGAUGGAUGGUGGGGUAGAGGAGUUUGAGGUGUCGCGGGAUUGCCUCAUUCCCAAACGACGUCGUGGAUAGGGUGUGGGGAGUACUAAUUGGAAAUGUUCAGCAACAUGAACCGUGAGGACCGGAAUGUGCUGCGCAUGAAAGAACGGGAAAGGCGGAAUCAGGAAAUUCAGCAGGGUGAAGACGCCUUCCCACCCAGUUCCCCUCUAUUUGCUGAGCCAUACAAAGUUACUAGCAAAGAAGAUAAAUUAUCAAGUCGUAUUCAGAGUAUGCUUGGAAACUACGAUGAAAUGAAGGAUUUCAUAGGAGACAGAUCUAUACCAAAGCUUGUUGCAAUUCCCAAGCCUACAGUACCACCAACAGGAGAUGAGAAAUCAAACCCAAAUUUCUUUGAACAGAGACAUGGAAGUUCUCAUCAGAGUAGUAAAUGGACUCCGGUAGGACCUGCACCCAGCACUUCUCAGUCUCAGAAACGGUCUUCAGGCUUACAGAGUGGACACAGUAGCCAGCGUGCCAGUGCAGGUGGUAGCAGCAGCACUAAUAGUAGUGGUCAGAGGCAUGACCGUGACUCAUACAGCAGUAGCCGGAAGAAAGGCCAGCAUGGAUCAGAACACUCCAAAUCACGAUCUUCAAGUCCUGGGAAAACCCAGGCAGUUUCUUCACUAAGCUCUAGUCAUUCCAGGUCUCAUGGGAAUGAUCACCAUAGCAAGGAACAUCAGCGUUCCAAGUCUCCUCGGGACCCUGAUGCCAAUUGGGAUUCUCCUUCCCGUGUACCCUUUUCAAGUGGGCAGCACUCAAAUCAGUCUUUCCCACCGUCGUUGAUGUCAAAGUCCAGUUCGAUGUUACAGAAACCCACUGCUUAUGUUCGUCCCAUGGAUGGACAGGAGUCCAUGGAACCCAAGCUGUCCUCUGAGCACUACAGCAGCCAGUCCCAUGGCAACAGCAUGACUGAGCUGAAGUCCAGCAGCAAAGCACAUCUCACCAAGCUGAAAAUACCUUCCCAGCCACUGGAUGCAUCAUCAGCUUCUGGUGAUGUGAGCUGUGUGGAUGAAAUUCUUAAAGAGAUGACGCAUUCAUGGCCUCCCCCACUAACGGCUAUUCAUACACCAUGCAAAACAGAGCCUUCCAAAUUUCCUUUUCCAACUAAGGAGUCUCAGCAGUCCAAUUUUGGCCCUGGAGAACAAAAAAGAUACAACCCUUCUACUAAAACUUCAAAUGGUCACCAAUCAAAAUCUAUGUUAAAAGAUGACUUAAAACUAAGCAGCAGUGAAGACAGUGAUGGGGAACAGGAUUGUGACAAGACAGUGCCAAGGAGUACACCAGGAAGUAACUCUGAACCUUCCCAUCAUAAUAGUGAAGGAGCAGAUAACUCCAGGGAGGAUUCUAGCAGCCACAGUGGAUCUGAAAGCAGCUCUGGAUCUGACUCAGAGAGUGAAAGUAGUUCCAGUGACAGUGAGGCAAAUGAGCCAUCCCAGAGUGCGUCUCCGGAGCCCGAACCACCACCAACAAACAAAUGGCAACUUGAUAAUUGGUUGAAUAAAGUGAAUCCACAUAAAGUGUCACCAGCUUCCUCUGUAGAUAGUAACAUACCAUCAUCUCAAGGCUACAAAAAAGAAGGCCGAGAACAGGGCACUGGGAGUAGCUACACUGAUCAGGGUGGGCCUAAAGAAACAAGUUCUGCUACUCCAGGACGAGACUCCAAACCUGUCCAAAAGGGAUCGGAAAGUGGGCGCAGCAGGCAGAAAUCUCCUGCACAAAGUGACAGCACAACACAGAGGAGAACUGUAGGCAAAAAACAACCCAAAAAAGCUGAGAAAGCAGCUGCUGAAGAGCCUCGUGGAGGGCUAAAGAUAGAAAGUGAGACCCCUGUAGACAUGGCUACUAGCAUCCCCUCCAGCAGACACAAAGCAGCCACCAAAGGCUCAAGGAAGCCGAAUAUAAAAAAAGAGUCCAAAUCUUCUCCUCGGCCUACAGCAGAGAAAAAGAAAUAUAAGUCAACAAGUAAAUCUUCCCAGAAGUCACGGGAAAUCAUAGAAACAGAUACCUCGUCCUCAGAUUCAGAUGAAAGCGAGAGCCUUCCCCCUUCCUCACAAACUCCUAAGUACCCUGACAGCAAUAGGACUCCUGUUAAGCCCUCCUCUGUGGAGGAAGAAGAUAGUUUUUUUCGGCAACGAAUGUUCUCUCCUAUGGAAGAGAAGGAACUCCUUUCACCCCUCAGUGAGCCUGAUGACAGGUAUCCACUUAUCGUGAAGAUUGACCUGAAUCUCUUGACUAGAAUACCAGGAAAGCCUUACAAAGAAACAGAGCCACCCAAGGGGGAAAAGAAAAAUGUGCCAGAAAAGCACACAAGAGAGGCUCAGAAGCAAACUUCAGAAAAAGUUUCUAACAAAGGCAAGAGGAAACAUAAGAAUGAAGAUGAUAGCCGGGCCAAUGAAAGCAAAAAACCCAAAACAGAAGACAAGAAUUCAUCCAGCCACAAGACGCCCAGCAGCAGAGAAUCAUCUAAGCAGAGUGCUGCAAAAGAAAAGGACUUGUUACCUUCACCUGCUGGGCCUAUUCCUUCAAAAGAGUCAAAAACAGAGCAUAGCUCUCGGAAGAGGACUAUUAGCCAGUCUUCUUCCUUAAAGUCAAGCAGUAAUAGCAACAAGGAAAAUAGUAGCAGCAGCAAAAGCAGUUCCUCCGCAUCAAAACAGAAAAAGACUGAAGGGAAGACUUCCAGUAGUUCUAAGGAAGCUAAGGAAAAGGCUCCAAAUAGCUCCUCUAACUGCCCUACAACUACACCAACUCCUGAGGCUUCUAAGCCUCGGAGAACAAAGCUUGUCUUUGAUGACAGAAAUUAUUCAGCAGACCAUUAUUUACAAGAAGCAAAAAAGCUAAAGCACAAUGCAGAUGCAUUGUCUGAUAGGUUUGAGAAAGCAGUAUACUAUCUGGAUGCUGUGGUAUCUUUCAUUGAAUGUGGGAAUGCCUUAGAGAAGAAUGCUCAGGAAUCGAAAUCUCCAUUCCCUAUGUAUUCAGACACAGUGGAGCUCAUCAAAUACACUAUGAAGUUAAAGAAUUAUUUGGCUCCUGAUGCUACAGCUGCAGAUAAAAGACUCACAGUGCUUUGCCUGAGAUGCCAGUCUUUGCUGUACCUAAGAUUAUUCAAACUGAAGAAGGAAAAUGCUCUUAAGUACUCAAAAACACUGACAGAGCACCUAAAAAAUUCUUAUAAUAAUUCUCAAGCACCAUCACCUGGUUUGGGAAGCAAAGCUGUUGGGAUGCCUUCCCCAGUUUCCCCAAAGCUGUCACCAGGCAAUUCUGGAAGUUACUCCUCUGGGGGCAGUAGUGCUUCAGCAAGUGGUUCUUCAGUGACCAUUCCGCAGAAGAUCCACCAGAUGGCAGCCAGCUAUGUUCAGGUUACCUCUAAUUUCCUCUAUGCCACCGAAAUUUGGGACCAAGCUGAACAGCUUUCCAAAGAGCAAAAAGAAUUCUUUGCUGAACUGGAUAAAGUAAUGGGUCCUCUCAUCUUUAAUGCAAGCAUCAUGACAGAUCUAGCUCGUUAUACCCGGCAGGGACUACACUGGCUUCGCCAGGAUGCCAAGUUGAUAUCUUGAACUGAACACAUUCUCGUUGCCUCUGAUUUUCUCCACAACACUGUGUCACAUCACGAAGGAAAACUGCCAUAACAUGCCACCUAGUCGACACUAAGAAUGAGGAAUGGUUUCUCCUCCUUGGUUUAUGUGUUGUUUUUUAUAACCCAAAGCCAUCAUAUCAAUUGACCCCUUCAGUAUUCCCAGUGUGAAAAACUUAUUUAAUUGCUUUUCAGUCUGCAGCACAUUGAUAAGGUAGUUUUAUUGAUCUCAUAAGAAGAUUGAAGUUCCAGUUGCAAUUCGUAAUUAAUCAAGUGAAAAUUAUUUAUUUUAAUAUUUUUAAGUUCCCAGACUGGGGCUUCUUUAAAACUUAUUUUUUGACUAUAAAUUUAUUCUGUUGAAUAUUUAGUGUAAAUCUAAUAUAGGCCUUUUUAUUUAUGUAUUUGGGGAGUUUUGUUACCUAAUGUCUUUUUGUGGUCGCUCUACCAAGAGUGAGAGUUGAUUCAUCUAAAAUAGGGACGUGUUCUUUCUACACGUACUAUCUAUUAUUUCAGUUCUUAACUACAAUUUUAUUAUUGUAGAAUUUAUGCUUAGUGUUACAGUUAUUCCUCUACACAUGAAAGAUCAUUUAAAUAUGAAAUGGCAUUGUAUGUGGUUGUAAAAUGAAAUAUGUCUGAUUUGAUAUGCAUUAUUUCAAAAACUGUGAACAUGUUAAUAACACUACACCAAUCACAAGGUGACUAUAACAUGCUUUUAAUGCAUUACAAAAGAGCAGGUAUAAAACUUUCUAGGAAUAUAUCAUAUUGAAAGGUAUCAUAAAAGGACAAUCUUAAACUAUGAAUUUUAUUAGGACCAGGUGUUCAUUUUUGUUGCUAGUUAUUUGACACUUAAUUGAAGCAGAAUAAGUUACUCUUGUUCAAAAACAAAAUUGCUCCAACCCAAUGGGGGUUGCUGCCUAUGUCUCUUCAGUUGAUGAUGUUUGAAGGUUAAUGAUCUCUUUGCAGAUUUUUCCCCCACAGUAGAGUGUGACACUCCUGAAGAAAGAGCUUGCAGGGACUGAUAUGGAAUUGGACAGGCGCUUCGGUGUAUCUGCUUCCACUGUACAGCCAACAGUUCUCAUGCUCACGUUGGGAUGAUGAGUUUCCCUUUUUAAACGCCUUCAUCAGUGAUGCAUGUUUCUGAUGGAAUCAGAAAAUUCACACUAGAAAAGUGUACCUAACUUGGUUCAAAAUGAGUUCUCUUGGAAAGGGGAAGAGAGCAAGGGUAGAAUUUAAGAAGGCAGCUCUGUAAGAAACAUAUAUCAAAGUACCUUUCCCGACAAGGUGCACAUAGGACUCAAGAGUGAGAAAUAUAUCCUCCUCUGUACUUUGUUUUUAGUGCCCCUAUCACGUUUGGCGUGCCUUAAAUCUUACCUUUAAAUGGAAGACUCUCCAGAUUGUUUACAGAUGAUGUUUUACAUUAGGACUAGAUCUUCUAUACAUGGUUGGUCCUCUAGAGUAAUAAUUUUAAAUUCUUUCAUUUAAAGCUUCUUUUAAAGUCAUGUAAGGAUUUAAUUUCAGAAAAACUCAUGUUUUGGUAUAUGACUUAGUCUAACCAAUUGGAUAAUGCUGCUUAAAAAAAAUAACUUGUUCUCAUUCUAAAAAAGAAUCCAUCCAAUUGGACAAAGGAUUGCCGUACUACUUGUAGAUAAUUGCUAAGACUUGAAAUAGGAAAAGGGGUAAAAGGGAUAGAAAAUUCUCCCAAGUUCCCGUGGUGCAGUGAGUCUUUUAAACUUAUUUCUGAAGCUUAGUGAACUUUUCUCUUUCCUUGUUUUUUUAAAUUAGUGUAAAUUGUACAAGGGGUUUCAUUGUGAUACUUAAACUUUGAUCAGAUUCACCACAUCUGUCUAUCUUCUACAUGAAGCUGGUGAACUUUCAUUGUCCUGCAGCCUCAGACUUACUAUAGAGCUGCUCAAUCGUCUCGUACCUCGUUAUUUUUACAUAUCAUUUGAAGAUUGAGAUCUACAAAUUAAGAUGAAUUUACCUUGUUUUCCUGUAGAGAAAUUGCUUCUGGUAUUUUUCUAGUUUAAAGUGUUCCAGGAACAGUUUCUCUUCAGAGGACAACUUCUCAGCAAUCACAAGUCAUUUAGUAAGACAUGAGGCUGGUUAACUUAAGUAUAUUUAUGUCCUGUCCUCUGAUUUCUCUAACUCUAAUUCCUUGAUUUGUAAUGAUGUCCUAAAAGUGGAAGGAGCAAAGGUUCUUAGGUUUUUUAGGCUUCAGCAGCCACAGCUAACAGGGCACCUCUGGAUUCCAGUACAUUCUAUCCUCUUGUGUGUCCUGCUUGGCGGCAGUGGGAGCAUUCAGAGUCACAGUGCUGUGGUGUUUAAGCAGAGUUUCCUAUGUGUUUUAUGGUGCUGCCCUAAGAUAUUUUCUCUCUAAAACUGUAUUAAUUCUUGGAGAAUGUGUUAAACAGCUUUUCAUUGUGGAAGGGGGCAAUGGAUCAGAAUCCUAAGUAAUUGAAUUGUCAAUGUUGUAGACUGUGAGACUCGUCCUCCUCCUCUGUGUCUGUCGCCUCAGAUGUCCAGUCUGCAUCGUCUCCUCCAGCCACCUACCUUGGACUCUCUUACAGGUGACCAUUCCUCCCACCUCAGUAGAGGGGUCCUUGGUGUUUUCCAACCAUUUAAACCUGAAUUUGACAAGUGGCUACAAACUUACUUAGUCUAAGACUUGUAUCUAGUAUCCAGUUAACUACAGAAAUAGCAACUAUUUUAAAAGUUACUCUGUUGACUGCUCUUUAAGACCACACUUGUAUGCCAGGAGGCAGCAGCCUGCACUACUGGACUCUUCAGGCAACCAGCAGACCAGCUGCAGUGGAUCACAUUGCCACAGUAGUUUUGCCCAGGUUAGGCUGGGCUAGGGAGGGGGUGGGAAGGCCUCUCUUCUAGGCGAUUCAAGCUUGCACAGCUCAGCCUCAGGCCCCAGUCUGGCUGCAAAGCAUCCAGCCCUUUCCUUGUCCUUUUUCUUGACAAGGAGUCAAGAAGUGACCAUAAACAGUGCAUACUUCAGAUACCUGCACAGCUACAGCUGUUGAAGAACAAAGAAGAUUGACCACUACUGAUUUAAUUCUCCAGUAUAAAAACCAAUUUAAUGUGUGCACGUGCCCACACACGCCUUUUUUUUUUUUUUCUGUUUGUUUGUUUCCUGGGGAACUCUUGCACUAGGGAUCCAUAGACCUCUAGGCUGCACUUUGAAUGACACACUUGUGGCUUUAGUAGAUUUCACUGUGGGUUCUUUUGUUUGUUUGUUUUGCUGUUGUUUUUAAUUAUCGUUUCUUUCCAUUCAAGGUUUGAAUCAGCUAGAUCAUUUUGUAUUUAAUGGCAGAAACUUUGGUACCUUGGUGUUUAAUGAGUGAGUGAGCUUGCAUUGUGAGACAUCUGGUUCUAAGCGCUGGUCCUGGGGCCAGGGCUCGGUGGAGUUUCAGAGCAGCUAGUGAUGUCUAGCUGUGUCGAGGAGGCUUAUGCUGUGCACUCUUCUAGGUAUAAAGGUAUACAACUUUGGAUCUUAAAAAUUAUGUACACAUACACACUUUAUAUAUAUAUAUAUGUAUGUAUGUAUGAAAACAUGAAAUUAGUUUGUCCAAAUGUGUGUGUUUAGUAUUUUAGCUUAGUGCAACUAUUUCCACAUUAUUUAUUAAAUUGAUCUAAGACACUUUCUUGUUAAUACCUUGAAUAUUAAUGUUCAAGGGUGCAAUGUGUAUUCCUUUAGAUUGUUAAAGCUUAAUUACUAUGAUUUGUAGUAAAUUAACUUUUAAAAUAUAUUUGAGCCCUUAUGUAGUGUAAUACAGGGCUCUUACAGGGUGGGAAGGAUUUAAUUUUCCAGUAGCUAAUUAAACAAAAAAGCUUAUGUAUUUUGAUUUAUAAUAGGAGUCUAUUUAUAGGCGUUUGGGUCCCAGGAACAUUUACUGGUACUGGGGAUGCCUGUUUUAGGCAGAUUGUGAUGAUGCUUUAAAAAACAAAAAACAAAAAAAAAUAAUAAAAGCCUAAGUAACUUGGGGAGCCAGAGCAUUUCAAAUCCAUGUAGACUCCUGUAACUCAUAUUCCCCAUUCCUUGGUUCCAUGCAAUGCAGACUUCAUUUCAGCUUCACAUAUCAGUGUGUGAGAGGCAGACUUUCUCCCAGUAAUAAUAUUAUGCACAUAAGGUUGCUAUUCAUUAAAUAGAAGAUGGAAGAAAUAAUCAUUGAAACUGAAUGACUUAGAAGGUAACAGUGACAAAAGGCCAAAAUAGUUAUGUUUGACAACAUACCUUUCAUAUAUUUGCUAAUGGAAAAAUUGAGUUAGGACUUCCAGGCCCUAAAACCAAGCUAGCAAGUGAUAGGAAGUCAGUUAUUAAGAGUUAAUAAAGGCAUACUUAUCUACUAAUGAUAUUUCAUAUGAACCCCGUAGUUGGUUAAUUAAAAGGAACUCGGGGUUGAUGUAUGGCUCAAGUGAUAGGGCAUUUGGGUUAGCAAGCUUGAGGUUCUUAAUUCACACCCUAAUACCAUCAAAAACAACAACAGUGAAAACUUUGCUGACUCUAGAACUGAGAAUAGAAAGAGGAGCAAACUCUGGUUUUAAUGGAACUUGGUUGCAGAAUAGGGUAUUCCGGUUCUCAGCCAAGUCAGAAAGACAAUUAAGUAUCCUAAAAUAGCAGCCUAAAUAACCAUCAUGUAAAGAAUUGGUUUUCAGGAAUGUCUGCAUGGACUUCUCCUUGCUACCAUUCUUCAGCUGUCAGUUGCCAUUUUGAGAAAGAAAGCCGUCUUUUAUGUGAGCAUUUUAGAAAAGCUCCCAGCCAGAAAUUCUAGUAACAUUUAGUUUUUGCUUCAUACUGCUUCCAUGUAGGGUUUCUUCUCAGUUUUUCACUAUUGUAAUUCUCUACCUACUAUGUCCCUAUCUGGAAAGUAUCUAUUUGGAAAUGCUGCCUUUCAAGUCAAUGCCAUGAUGAAUCCAUAUUGUUGAGUUUGUUGUUGCUGUUCAAGAAGUGUCCCCAUUUUACAACUUCAUGCACACACCUGGCCAAUCACUGACAUGAGCAUUCAACAGUACUGGGAUUUAAAAGGGGGAGGGGGGAGGAGCAGCGCUCACCAACAGAGAUGGCUCAGUGAGGGCCAGAUGUGGGGUUGGUAAGCACAGUUAAGAAAAUUUCUAGCCUCCGUUUUGAAUGGUUUUAAGAAAUUUUGUAUAUGGAGGAUAGAAAUACUUAUAUAUUUAUUGAAAAUCCUUUUAUUUGAAUUUAAAAUUAUUUGGUAAAUAAUGAUUUGAUAUGGGUGGGGGGGUUAGAGGGGAGGUAACACUAUUGACAAACAAUAAGUCUGUUGGUUCCACAGAAAGGUACUGUUAAUGACUUAAAUAGGAUGCCUUUGUUUUGUACAUGAUCGAAAACUUCAUUUUACAUUUCUUUUAUUCAGAAUAUUUAGGCAUCUGACAUUUGCAACCAAAAUUUCAAUUAUAUACUGUGAUUUUUAUUUGUUGCAAUACAUUAAAAUUUUAGAGGUACUUUGGGGCUCAGAAGCUAGGAUUUCUAAGUCAGUAUGUGCAUUUCACAUAAUAAAGCUGUUAAUGGUGAGCAAAGUAUUAUAUACUAACUAGAUUUUUCCACAUCUGUAUAGUAUAUUAUAUGUAUUUUGUGGUAUUGAGAUUAUAGAAAGUUUAGAGUGUCAAACAUGCGUUUAAUGUGUAUUUUUAAACAAAUUUAUGGCAAUUAAAAUAUUUGGAGACAAGGGUAUCACAUUUCAAUUUGUAAAAAUCUUUUUAACUCUACUGUGUCAUUAAGAUGCUUUGUAUAAUGCCAAACCAUAGCUGGAGAAACUAAGUUUAAUAAAUAUCAAAUAGAUUUUCUGUA